AUGUCUGACCCCAACAUCUUCGAAGAUCUCAGCGGAAUCUCAACCUCGUCUUUCAGCAACCCAUACCAAGCGCUGAUCGCAGCCUGCGAAGAUGACCCGGUACAUAUCCAGACAAGGUAUGCCCUUCAUCGAGCAACAAGAAACUCUCAACAAAAGGCCAAGAUGCUAGACGCAAGCUUCUCUGGGGUCAGCAUCGACCCCAUCUUACUAAGGUUGAGCGAUCCAACAAUCGAGCCUGGCUACGUAGAUCCAAGACACUGUCUGGUAUUUUGGGGCCGACCCACCACCAAAGUGAAGGACCUCAUCUGCCGAGUUCAGCAAGAGCUAUUGACUGUUGCACCCAAUCUCUGGCUCAUGCCUCGAGACUGCCAACACAUCACUGCAUUGGAAGUGACACAUUCCAAGACAGCAGAACAGAUCCAGCAGUUGGUCGAUCAGACGCGCGACAAGGUGCCCGCCAUCACCGACUACACCUCCAAACACCGUGUGCGACUCAUCAAGCCAAAAAUCGGGUAUGACGCUUCGGCGCUUGCUCUGAGCUUUGUGCCAGCUGCCGGCGAAGGCCUUCAUUCUGAACGAACGCCUGAAGACGACAGAUUCACAUACCACCAUCUUCGCCGUGAUCUCUUCGAUCUCGUUCAAGACACUGGCGUCACGGUUGAAUCUCGAUACGUCGUGCCUUCGAGUCAUCUGACGAUCGGCCGCUUCAUCAGUACCAAAGACCUCGCCGAUGACCAGGGCUCUCCUGAUCCUGCAAAGAUGGCUACAUUCAUUGAGAAGAUUGAGGAAAUCAAUGGAUGGCUAGAGAAGGAGUUUUGGCCAGAGCACAAUGGCGGCAAGAUUCCUGACGGUGGCGAGUUCAAUCUCGGAGAAGAAACUGGACUGGACUACCACAUGGGAACGCUGUGGUACGGGGGUGGAGAGUCAAAGUGGAGCUCUCCCUUCACCGCUGAAACAAGCAACAUGUUCAAUCGCGACCGACUCCCAGGUCUUCCUGGAAGCUCCUCAAGGCCUCCACCACGCAAUGACGGCUACGGACAACCUCCACCGCAACAACCUCGACAGCCUGACACUAGAAUGGGCGGCUAUGAUGAUCACCGACAGCAGGGAUACGAAGCACCCCAACAGGGUCAUGGCGCUCCCCAACAGCGCAUGCCGGCCCGUGGACCUCCUGGUAGCGGUGGAUCUGCUAGACAGUUGCGCCCCAUCAAGAGCCCCGGAGGCAAUGCGUAUGCCUUUGGUAACUUGGUCGCAGUAUCACCCCAAGACUUCCCACCGACGCCCGACGGCAGCGACAUCUACAUUCUCUUAAACGGCAACUAUGUUCUGUCUGCGCGACCCACACAAGGCUGCCAGCCCGGCGAGAUUGGUCUCACAGAUGCGCAAAGAACUUGGGCCGGUAUCACACUCGGUCCCCAAGACAUGGUCGCUGUACAACCCUACGAUGCAUUCAGCCAACAGGGUGGACAAUCAUACUUGGGCGGGGUUGAGGUAGAGGUCGGGUUUGCUGCCAGGAAGACCACAGACGCUCCCUAUGACCAGGACGAGCUCGCGACGCAGUUCAAGAAGAACUUCGAAAACCAGGUUUUCGCGCCAGGACAGCAGCUCUUGCUGGACGUCAAAAACAUCCCUCUGCGCAUGUCGAUACGGACGGUGCAACUCGUCGAUCUUUCGAUGGAGAAGACAGAGGCAUCUGCUCCUCCCCUGACAGAUCCCCGAGCGCGAGGUAUCCUUACCAGCCAUACCCAGGUAGACUUCUUCAAAGAUGCGCGGACAGACAUCAAGUUGAAGGCAUCGAACAGGCGACCAGCUGCCAACUCGAUCAUCCAGCCAGGGUUCAAGUUCGAAGACAUGGGCAUCGGUGGCUUGGAUAACGAGUUCAGCGCCAUCUUCCGAAGAGCUUUCGCUUCCCGUAUCUUCCCUCCUGGCCUGGUCGAGAAGCUUGGUAUUCAGCACGUCCGAGGUAUCCUUCUCUACGGUCCUCCCGGUACCGGAAAGACUUUGAUUGCGCGUCAGAUUGGAAAAAUGCUGAACGCGAGGGAACCCAAGGUCAUCAACGGACCCGAAGUCUUGAACAAAUACGUCGGCCAGUCUGAGGAGAACAUUCGUAAGCUCUUCGCAGAUGCCGAGAAGGAGUACAAGGAAAAGGGCGACGAGAGUGGUCUCCACAUAAUCAUCUUCGACGAGCUCGACGCCGUUUGCAAACAGAGAGGUUCCAGUGGCGGUGGUACUGGUGUGGGCGACAGCGUUGUCAACCAACUGCUGUCGAAACUCGAUGGUGUGGAUCAGCUGAACAACAUUCUGCUCAUCGGUAUGACCAACCGAAUGGACAUGAUCGAUGAAGCGCUUCUGCGAGCUGGUCGUCUGGAAGUUCACAUGGAGAUCUCGCUGCCAGACGAAUCCGGUCGUGCACAAAUUCUCAAGAUCCACACCACGAAGAUGCGCAAGAACGAUGUCCUCGAGUCCGAUGUCAACGUUGAGGAGUUGGCCAAGCUUACAAAGAACUUUUCAGGUGCCGAGCUCAACGGUCUGGUGAAGGCAGCGUCUUCAUUCGCCUUCAGUAGACACAUCAAGGUUGGCACAAUGGCAGCCAUCAACCCUGAUGUUGAGAACAUGAAAGUCAACAGGCAAGACUUCUUGCAAGCGCUUGAAGAAGUGAAGCCACUCUUCGGUGUCGCUGAAGAAGAACUUGGAAAGCGCCUUCGUGGUGGUGUCAUCCACUACUCGCCAUUCAUCAAGGACAUUCUGGAAGAAGGCCGCCUGUACAUCAACCAGGUCCGAAAACCAGAUUCAACCCCCAUUCUCUCUGUUGCGCUGCACGGCCCACCUGGGAGUGGUAAGACGGCGAUGGCCGCGAAAAUGGCCAUUGACUCGGGUUUCCCAUUCAUCAAGCUCGUGUCACCAGAGGACAUGGUAGGCUUUAGCGAGAUGCAGAAGGUACAACAGCUCGACAAGACUUUCCGAGACGCGUACAAGAGUCCCCUCAGCGUCAUCGUGAUUGACAACAUUGAGAUGCUCGUUGAUUGGGUACCCAUUGGGCCGCGCUUCAGCAACACUGUGCUUGUUGCGCUCAAGGUCCUGUUAGAGAAGCAGCCACCCAAGGAUCGCCGACUUCUUAUCUUCGCGACCACAACCGAGCGCUCGGUUCUCACUCAGCUCGACCUGUUCAGUCGUUUCGACGCCGAGAUCGCAGUGCCGAACGUCAAUACGCAACCCGAGCUUGCACACGUUCUUCAGGCGUCUGGUGCGUUCUCAGACCGCGAUGAGCAGCGCGCUAUUAGCGAGAUUCAGGAGAUCACGGGCAGCACGGACAUUGGCGUCGGUAUCAAGAAGAUACUCACGGGUAUUGAGACGGCGAAGCAGGACCAGGAUGUGCCUGGCCGCUUUGCCAGAGUCAUGUCGCGUGCUAUCGCUGCGAACAGAGGGUCUGUAUAA